AUGGGCGGAAGUAAUCUAGAAGUAUUCAAGGUUUUUCCAAAACCGCAUUCCACACUUCUCUCCACUGCUAAAAAAGUUGGCGACUGACUGACUGACAAUUCCACUUACUUUUUGCGCUCUAGUUCGGAAUGUGCGCAAUGACCGUCUUCCAUCCAUCCACCAUGCCACGCCAGAACAGAGAAGAUAAAGACGGGGACAACAGCUGACAGACAGAUGGCCGGGAAUCUAGAUACAUCAUGUUCCCAAUCGCGGUCAUGUACUACUUCGGCACGAACCUCGAUAAUCGCUUCUCCGUGCCGGGAUUCUGGCCGAAGCCGGAGGAGACGCACAAGAUCCCCUUCGAGAGGGAGGAGAUAAAGGCGGAACUGGAGAGGUUGAGGCGGAAGCGGUUGGAGAGGCGGGCCAGGCGGGCGGAGGGGGACCAGCAGGAGUAA